AUGGAGAUCGACUGCACCAACUUCUGGCGAAAGCUACCUUCCAUCCUCAAGGCUAUCAGCGAGGCUAAAUAUGUCUCCGUGGAUCUUGAGAUGAGCGGGAUCUCGGCCAAGCCUUUUCUCUCGAAGCCAACUCCAUCUAUACCGACUCUGCAAGAGAUUUACGAUGGCGCGAGGGUGGCAGCCGAAAUGUACACCAUCCUGCAGUUCGGCCUCACUUGCAUCAACUGGGAACCUGAGAAGAAAUCCUAUGUGACCAAGACAUUUAACCUUCCACUCCAUCCGGGUGUUGUCGGAGACAGUGUUGCCUCCAAACAUCUUGCUAGUGUACUAGACAGACGAUUCAGACUAUCAACCUCAAGCCUUGGUUUCCUCGAGGGCCAUGGGUUCAGCAUCCUUGACGUUUUCAGCAAGGGAGUGCCCUACCUAUCUGACUCAGAAGCUGGACUUCAAAGCAUUGAUGACUUCAUCGAGGGUAAAAGGCAAGCUAACGACCGUAUUGAUGUUGAUCGACUUUCUUCAGAGUCAAGGGAAUUCUAUCGCUGUGUUCAGGAACAAGUCUACGGGCGGAGACAUUUUAUGGAGCUUUCUGACGUGGCUCCGAGCGAGGCUAUAGAGGUCUACGGCCUACACAAAGGCCGACUGAACAGCCUGCAGAAGCGUCUCAUUCACCAAAUUGUCGAGGAUCAGCUCGAGAAUUGUCGAGCGUACCCCCGAAACGGAGGCACGUACAUGGAGAUUUCAAAACUUGAUGGUCCAGGAGAAGGACCUCAUCAUAUAGAUGUCAAUCACAAGUAUCGCAAGCAGGCCGUAGCGAAGCAGACCGGAGCCCGUCUCCUGUGGGACGCAAUCUGCGGGAAGCCGUUCGCCGACAAAAUCGAUUCUGCUCUCAUCUUCCGCGAGAACUCAGUCGAAGCCAUGCAGCUAGACAUAACCCUAAAGAAAUAUGAACGCCAAUUACGAAACCAGCAGCCGAUUUUUGUCGGGCACAACCUUUUCUGGGAUCUUUGUUUCCUGCACAGCAUGUUCGUUGGCCCUCUUCCAGAGUCAGUUGAUGCUUUCAGGACUAUCACAGGGGAGGAACUCCCCCGGAUCGUGGACACGAAGUACUUAUUUACAAGGGGAACGGAUGAGAUGUCGCCGGACCUGUGCCUGAGCGAGUGCUUCGACGCCGUAAAACGCCGGGAUCUCCCAAUGGUGGUCUCUGAGACUUUUCACAGCCAGCUCAACCCUUGCCCUCACCAGGCCGGAUAUGACAGCAAGUCCUACCAUCUAUCCCAGAAUAGAAAAGGCUUCUGUUUCCUGCCGUCAGAAGACUUGGGCGAGAAAGCUUUGACUUCUCGCACUGCGUCGAUCUCGCUUUCGUCGACCCCUAGCACCCAUCGUCGCCUGUCUCUCUCCCUUCUGAGAGAACUCGAAGCAAAGGAAGCUGCGGGGCUGCCGCCGGUGCCGCCACUACCACCGAUGCCUGAACUGCCACCGGUAGGGACGGCCGUGCUCAGCUCGGCCAGCAAGGGCAACCUGCUGGAAGAGCGGGACGAGGACGUCGCAGCACUGGCCAAGUUUGAGACCCUGCAGCCCGAGGCCUCCUCGGCGACGAAGGCACCACCCACCCCAGCGCAGACGCCUGAACCAAAGCCAGAGAGCCACUCCAGGGUGCCGGGUUCGUUGCCAGAGUGGGACGAAAAACUCUGGCACUAUUACGGCAACAGGAGUCGUGUCGGAGUUUUCGGGAGGAUGUUUUACACCGGAAAUUGA